AUGCCGUCAAAUGUAAAUGUGCAACAGCUCCGGAAAAAAAGAUGGAGCGAGCGCGAUACACUGAAGUUUGUUGAGCUGUAUGAAGCAGAAGAGGUAUUGUGGAACGUACAAUUCGACGAGUCAAGUUUCCCUUCCCCAGAUGCAUUAUCAGAAAUCCCUUCACAAGAGGUGCCAGUCUUACCAGAUAUACCACAUUCACCGGAUAUACCUACCAGCCCUCCCUCAGAUUUGUGUGCCCAUCCAUCGCCUAAUAGUAGCCAUUUUACUGUACCCCCGCAUCCAGCUAGGAAACGCGCAAAGAGAGCAUUGCCUCAACAUAUUGAAAAAUCAAUCGAGACACUCCAGUCAAUUAAAAAUAAAGCUCUGUGUAAUAGAGAAGUAGAAGACGAGUUCUAUUAUUUUGGCAAAAAUAUUGCUAGCCAACUACGACAACUACCACUAACCGAUGCUCUCGAUGCUCAGACAGAAAUUUUAAAUUUAUUAAGAAUGAAAAGGCAGCAUAUUCUCCAGCAGACUAGCUCUUCUAGCUACUCACCACAAUCUGAAUGCUUUAUCGAAAUACCAGACCAUGUGGAUAUAUUUGAUGCUGGUCAAAAUAUUCCCAUUCGAGUUUUAAAAACAUAUACUCCACCAAAUACUGUCAUUCAGGCAACAGGGUCUGAAAAUGACGUUCGAGCAGAGAAUAUAUUAGAAGAGGCUAUAAGAAACAUACCGACUAUUAGUGAAGAUGCUGGGCCUGAAGAUCCUGAUGAAAAACGACCGGAUUGUGACGGAGAAUCCAUCGGCCAUUGUAUUUUACCAUCUUUUGAGCCCACUGUUGCAUUAGAUGUUGUAGGAUUAUUCGCGAGCACUGGGAUCAAAUCAUCUUCAGAACUUUCUUCUUCACUCUCGUUGCUUGUACGGUCUUCUAAUUCUGAUACACUCCCAUCACUCUCGGAAACUUCCACCAGCGCAAGCAAUUCACUAUCAGUCAAUGGGCGCGCCAUUCUCGAUAUCAAACUAUUUAUCUACUGA